AUUGGUCAUUGAGGAGGAAGUAACUGGAUGUAACAGUGUUAGCUUGAGUUGCUAAGACCGGGGGAAAAGCGGCUCAAAGUUUGUGUAAAAAUAGGUAUGUAGUUGAAGUCUCAGACACUCUGCUGGACAGAUAUCACUGCUGGGUAUGUAUUUUGAACCUUUAUCACUAUGACCAAUUCUAAUGUAACAGUACGUAUUGUAAUUAGCCUUCAUUAGCACAGUUAAUGGACCAUUAUCCUUUAACUGUGGUUAUUAGCGCUAACGCAACUAAUAACAACGUUCAAGCUUUUAAAAGUUAAUCCUUUAGUGCUGGAGUUCACUCUCGGACUUGUGGGGAAGAUCACAUUGGCUGUGGACUAACCUUGCUGUCCAGCUGAGGACAGAGUGGAUCCAGGACCAUAGACCAAGAGAACAGAAAAACAGAAAAUCCAUAUCAUAUGACUUCUAGGGCAUGUGAAGGUUGAAGACAAGGACUGUGAAAAGGAGAAUCCCAAGUGGAGUGAGGAUGACUGAGAUGAUGAAGGUUGAAGCUGAUGAACCUGGAGGGUUCAGCUCGGAUCCCCACAUACCUGCAGCAUCCACAUCAGAACCGGAGGAGGAAACACAAGACAGCAAAGAUCUGAAUGUUGGUGGUCAAAGCAGAAGUUCCCCGUGACUGGAACUCCAGUUUGGACCAGCAGGACCCAGAGCGCCCCCACAUAAAGGAGGAAGAGGAGGAACAAUGCAUCAGUCAUAAGGAAAUGCAUCUUACUGUGAAGAGCGAAGAUGAAGAGAAAACGGAGUUGUCAGAGCGUCAUCAGAUCAAGACUGAAGACAGGAGGUCAGCUGAACAGCUGGAAACACAACCAGAACCUGAUUGGAACCCAGAUCUAGUACGUACCAAUCAGAAAAGUAAGAUAAUGAUUCAUAGAAGAGGUAAAAGACAUAAACUGUGUUCCAAACGCUCACCUAGGGGCCACACGAGAGAGAAGUCAUUCGGUUGUGAUGUCUGUGGCAAAAGAUUUAAACGUGAGACUAAUUUUAAAUUACACAUGGGGAUUCACAAUGAAAAAAUAGAACACAUCUGCAGUAUUUGUAGUAAAGGAUUUAAAGUAAAGCGCUCUCUUGAGACGCAUAUGAGACGGCACACUGGAGAGAAGCCAUUUGCGUGUGAUGUUUGUGGUAGAAGGUUCCAUGCAAAGAGUAAUCUCACAAGUCACCUGAAGGUCCACUCAGAAGAAAAACCCUUUUCUUGUGAUGUUUGUGGUACGAGGUUUAUAAGAAACGAAAAUCUCAAGAGGCACAUGUGGAUCCACACGACAGAGAAACCGUUUGUUUGUAGUGUUUGCAGUAAAGGAUUCUCCCUGCAGCAGAGGCUUGAAACUCAUAUGCGCGCUCACAAGGGAGAGAAACUAUUCAUGUGUAGUGUUUGUAGUAAAGGAUUUUCCCGACAUGAGAAUCUAAAAAGACACAUGCGCAUACAUACAGGCGAGAGGCCGUUUAUCUGCAGUUUUUGCGGUAAAGGAUUUUCACUACAAGAGACACUGAAGAGUCACAUGCGUGUUCACACCGGGGAGAAACCGUUCAUUUGCAGUAUUUGCAGUCAAGGAUUUUCUCUCCAGCAGAAUCUAAAGAGUCACAUGUACGUCCAUACAGGAGAGAAACCGUUUACUUGUAGUGUUUGUAGUAAAGGAUUUUCCCGGCAGGUGUAUCUAAAAAGUCAUUCAAAGGUCCAUACAGCACCGUUUAGCUGUAGUGACUGUAGUAAAUGUUUUAUGAAUGAAAUACAGCUACAGCGACACGUGAGGUUCCACUCAGAGGAGAGACCGUUCAGCUGUGAUGUCUGUAAAAGCAGAUUUAAUCAAAAGAUUCAUCUUGAAAGUCAUAUGAGAGUCCAUUCUGGAGAAAAACCAUUUGUUUGCAGUGUUUGCAGUAAAGCGUUUUCCCGACCUGGAGAUCUGAACAGACACAUGGGUGUUCAUAAGGGCUGUAGCUUAUGAUUGAGAAAUCUGUCCAAAUGCUUUUAGACAGUCAACUGUUAUUUUACUCCCUGCUCUCUGGAGGAUUAUCCUCCGACAUUGACAGUGUUUGAUGAGCUGUAAGUUAAAAUAUGGAAUACAUAAAACUUGGGAUGAGCACAGUUUGUCCAAAUCAGUUCAAAUAAAAAUCCUUACAUCGUUACUCGGUGUAUUUUUAGACAUGACUGAAAUGCACUAAUGUCACCACAAGAUGGCAGCGAUACAUUCGCUGAAGAAGUAAACUAUAACACAGAGAGCCUUCAGUAAGAGGCUGCAGAUUUUUAUGUAGCAGAGCUCUGAAUGAAGUGGAAACGGCACCACUGUAAAUAAAAAUCGAAAUUAACAAUGAUAAGACAAUUACAUAAAAUACUGUCCAGUUUUUACAAAUCAAAAUGAUUAUUUUUAAUUGAACUGGUAGGAGGCGACAGCAGAGGUCCACCAGUGUUUAAAACAUGGAAAUUAUUUCACAAAGUUUGGAAAAAAAAAAAAAAAAAGAACGGUGUGUACAGUAAAUCAUCAGACAUCCAGAUCUGAUUGCUGUAUUAUUACUACAGCUGCCCUCUGCUGGUUGGGCGUCAUGUGAAUCUUCUCAUUGGUGCUUGUGAUCUCCUGAAGGGAGAUAACACUACUACAUCAGUAUCUUCAGUACAAGAGAAUUUUGUUAUGAUAUAUCUGAAUUAAUAACAUGUCAUAAAGUAGUAACCUUUUUGAUUGUAUUUAAUUUCUUAGAACUAUCCACCUGCCAAGGCGUGCUCUGUGAAACUGGUUUUCUGUGGACACUAAAAUAUGACAUUUAAGGGGGAAAUGUUUUGUUCAAGAAUGGUGUUAAAAGCUAGCAAUACAAUUUCAUACUUAGUGCCUGCCUUAAUAAAAAUAAAUAAGAUGCAAAACUAUACAUGUCCCAUGUGUGUAAAAAAGCUAAAUCCGGAAUCCCCAGUUUAAUAUAAUUGUCUUCUUUGCCCCGUUUAUUGUGUUUUUAAAUAGGAUAUAUGUUGGAUUGUACCGACUCUUUUAGUGUUCAGUCUAAAAUGUGAAGACGUUUAAAUAAUGGAUAUUAUGUCUUUAUUUAUUUGUAUAUUUGUUCAAUAUAAAAUAUGCAGUCCGUUAUUGGGAUGAUUUCUGUUUAAUAAGCCGGAUACAAUGGACUAAUAGUGGAGCUCUGCAAACUACAAAACCAACUAGCAGAGCUCACUCCAUGCAGCGUGUUGGUGUUCUUGCUUUGUCAACAUCUUUUUAUUUUUUCAUCAGAGUUGUAUUUAUGCAACUAUUGCAGAGAAAGUAUUAUUCUGACUUUGCUGCUAGCAGUGGUCAUGAACAGAAUUGUUUAUUGGAUUCAAGUCUGUCCUACAAAUCCAUCCUCUGUAGAUGGGAGUGAUUGCUUUGGUAAAUAAAUAUAAAAAAUGUCUUGGUUGUAA